AUGAGUGGGCAAUUUCCGCAUGAUACAUCGUUACUUGACAGUCUGAUAGCCUCUUCAAAGCAAACAAGAAGAUCGGCUCAAAUUCUACUUGAAUUAGGCGCCGACCCAGCCUUGGCAUCAUCUGGCGGAGGAUGGGAUGCUGCACAGGCAGCAAGUUCAAGAGGGCUCCGUCCGUUCUUGCAGGACUUGUUGGCUAAUCUAACCAAGACUUCAACCUCAUUUAACUGGGAUAGAAAAUGUUCAGUAUCUGUGAUUUGGGAUGAUUCAAGAAGAAAUCUUGAUGGGUUGAAUUCAAUGCACUUAGCGUGCCUUGAGGGUCAUCAGGAUUGUUUCAAUUUCUUUUUGGAUAACAGACUCAUCAACGAUAUCCAUGCCUUAACUCAAGAAGGCUUCAGUUGCCUACACUUUGCAGCUUAUGGAGAGAACACGGAGUUGGUUGAUUGCCUGCUUGACCUCGGUUUAGAUAUCAAUCAAAUGGCUGUCGAUGGAACCACGCCUCUGCACAUGGCUGUUCGCAAAAACAGCAGACGUUGUGUGGAGAGAUUAUUGAGCAGAGGAUCACUGAUCAAGAGAGACGUGGUCGGGAUGACCCCGAUGAUGUAUGCAAGACAACUAGACCUGGAUGACAUUGUUGGACUUUUGGCCGGACUCGACACAUCAGAUACCAAGACCGAGAACCCCGACGCCCGGACUCGAAACGCCAAAACCAGAUCUUGGCGAGAAGCACUGGAGACCGCGAUACUGAUGAACGAUGAACAGGCAUGCAGUCGAAUUUUGGAGGAGGGUUGCUCCGUGAACGUUUCACUCUCUGAAUGUGGUGGAUGCUCACCUUUGUUGCUGUCAAUCAGGUGUAGCUCAUCUGGAAACUGCGAAUUGGUUCGACUGUUUCUGGACAAAUCAGCAUCUGUCUGCAAACAAGCAUGUUCGAUACAUGGCUCGAAUUCUGCCUUACUGAAGGCACUUCGUCGUCGUCAUCUCACACCCUUUCUGCCCCUGAUGUUAGACCUAUGCUUGCAUGAAAGCUUGGGCUAUAUCUAUGCUCAGCUGCUUGUGGAGUGCAUUGAAUGGAACAAUGACGAAGCUUUUCGAAUUGUCGUGGACCAUUUCUGUGACAACAAAGCGGAUUAUGCGUGA